AUGGAGGGAGGAGACCCAGAGGUGUCAGACGGGGAUGUGCAGGGAUCCACCGUGCUGUGGGAGAGAUGCAUCCAUCAGAGCAUCUUCCUGGACCUGAGUGAGGAUGAAAGUCUGCACUUCAGUGAUUUAGAGGCUUCUUUGGAUUUGCAUCUCUCCCAGGUAGAGUCUCCCGCCUCAGGGGCCAGCAUCCAUCUCAGCGGGAGCGCGUUGUCAGCGCUGGACGGCUCCUCCUCAGAGUCCAGUGUUGAGAGCAGUCCGAGUGAGAGGGUGGUAGAGUUCAAGACCAAGAGCAGUAUCUUACAUGAGUCUGUCCAAAGACCAAACACUGUGCAAGAUGAGCUACCGUUAAAGCAGGGCAAUGAGGACCCGGGGCUUGAUACCAGUGACGAGGAUCAGGAGGACCUGCCUUAUGAUGGUGACCUUGCUAGCCCCUACUUCAACAAGACAGCGAGCACUGAGGGCGACACCAGCUCCGAUGGAAGUGAGACUAUUGGUGGAAGUCCUGAUGGUCCUGGUCUGCUUGAGUUCUCAACAGCAGAUGGAGACGAAACAUCUGAACAUUUGGUUUCUGGUUCUGAUGAACCAGGAACUUUGUCACAAGAGGAUGAAGGCACCAAACAGGAAAACUGUGUUGAUGCGUCCCAGCAUUGCGACGUUGCUCCACCAUGCCCGUGUCCUGCAGAUAUUAACCAGUUGUUGCUGCGACACUUCACCCAGGAAGAGCUGCUGCGGCCGGGUAGGCUGAUCGAUGCAGAGACCCUGCCGGAGGUGUCCCUAUUGGAGAGCACGAGCUGGGCCCCAACACGCAACAGCACUGCAACUAAAAACAACCACACAGAGAUCCCUGCACGUGAUUCUGAGAUCUUCUCUGACAGGACUGAUGAAAAGAGUCAUACUGCAUCACAAAGCUCAAGUUUAGAGAGGAGCAUUGAUAAAUCCAGCAGAGACUCAAACCAGAGCAGUGGAGACAACACUGCCACAGAGGCAGUGGUGCAGGAAAAGUCUGAAGAGGAGGAUCGGUUUCAGAGAGCCCCUCUUGUGCGCACCAGGUCCUUCUGUGAGAUGAAGUACGGUCAAGGUCAAGUCCACUACCCCCUCCCGGAUUUCUCCAAGGUUGCUCCUAAGGUUAAGAUCCCCAAAGCUCCAAGUGGCCCUUCCAGGCCUGCUCCUCCCACCCCCAGCCCCAUGCACAGAGCUCAGUCCUCUCCAGGGAUGUUAGACUUGAUCAGCAGAGUCCUGGAGGAUUCCGUCCCGCAGCCAGAGAAGGCUUAUGUCUUCAAGGAUGAGGCGAAACAGUAUUCAUCAGGGCUGGUGAGAACCCCACAGGCUGAGUAUGAUAAAUUACUCAACAGAUUUGCUGAGGCGGAGAACCUCAUUGAUCAAAUGAGACUAGGAACAAGGACUCAGCUUUCCACAGAUCUAAUGCUUUAUUCUGAGUGUGAUGAUGAUCAUCAGAGAAACUUAGCUGAGGGAAGCCAUCUUGGAUCCUUGGCUCCUCAUCUUCACCCGUCAGAACACUUUGGUCAGAGGCGAGGAACGGUGCCACAGAGCAACACCACAGAGGUGAUCGCAGCUUCCCUCAGUCCGCCUGAGGAGGGUCCCAGUGAUGGGGCAAGAAUGACUGCUGAGCUGAGAGACGUCAUCAGCCCGUUCAUGCAGAAAGCGGAAGAGCUAAAAAGGAUUGUCAGCAACAUGUCGAUAAGCAUCGAGGAACAGCAAAUGAUGUUCAGGAGCAUGAUGGAGGCUCAGGACCAGCUGGAGAGGAAAUACAUGAGUACGAGGGACGAGCACAGAGCUCUGGAGAUGCAGAACUACAUGGGUCUGUCCAGGAACACCGGCACCUUUGACCCAGACAGGCUGGUGGAGGGGGACAUAUUCAGGAUCGGGAUGCACCUCGACGACAUUAAGGAGAUGAUAGACAAAAACUUGUGUGAGCAAAUUUCCCCACCCCACUCAUCCUCCACUCCCAUGCCCAUGAAAGACGAGCUGCAUGUGAGGCCCGGUUCUGUCUGCAUGCUCACCCCCUCACCUCCGCCAUCCCUGCACGAGGGUCCAUGGGCAGGAUUUUCCACUUUGACUUUUGAGAUGGAGCCACAGACAGAGGAAGAAGAAGCGAAGGAGGUGGAGGAGAGGAGCAGUGAGAAGAGCGAUGGACUGGAGCAAAGCAGGGAGCUCAUAACCGCUGACUCUGCACUGAAAAAUACUGGAUACAACUGUCAAUCACGCUCACUGGAGAGACUGGACGUCCAGAGGGAUGACGAGGAGGAGGGCGACGAAGAGGAGAGGAGCUCUGUGUUGUCAGAGGGGAUAGUUCAUGGUAACAUCUCAGCACACCUGAGCAGAACCAGCUCAACCUCCAUACAGACGGAUCGGACACCUGAGAGACGUUGCACCCCAGAUAGUGUCCUUAUCCCUGAGGGUGAAUGUGAUCUGGGUGAAGGUGUGAGUCUGGCCGUGGAGGUCGCCUCUUCCUCUCAUGUACCCAAACUCUCAGACACCCACGGCCCCCCGGAGCCUCCUGUCAACUCCCCAUGUGCACCACAGCGGCUCGUGAGCCCGGAGACAGACAGUGGAUUUGGGAGCUCCUACUUGAAUCUGUCAGCCUCUGGAUCAUUUCAACCAAACCUGCUCAUCGCAAGUGUGCCGUCCCAUACUGAUGGUUUAAGCAGCUCAGACGGUGAGGGCUCCUGCUCCAACCUGCAGACAACCAUCCAUCCAGCCUCUCUGCAUAUCCGACAGUGGUCUGGCUCCAACCCCUUGCUCCAAACGCAGUUCUGUGGUGCGGCAGCUGCAGUGGACCUGUGGGUGGAGAGCACCACCACGGAACCUGUAGUCCGGCUAGAGGGAUCUGACCCAGGCCUGCCUGCGCUCCUCAGUCACUGUGUUUCUGAAAUGGAUUCAGAGAGAGGCAGCCCAGUGAACUCCUGCUCCUGUAAUAGUGAGGCCAUAUUGGCCUUGCAGUCAGAGGUGUCCAGGCUGAAGAAGGACCUGGAGGAGGGUUUGGUUCAGCUGCCUCACCUGGCACAGAAGAUGGACUAUCUCACCUCCAAGUACAGGCAGGGUCGGCAGGAGCGCAGGUCGAAAACCAGAGCCAGGACUCACCUCAGACAGAGCUGUAACAGUCCAACAAGAAUAGAGGACUGGAUUUCUUCAGACAUGGAUCCCAGCAAGAGCAAAGGUACAGACAGUGGGGACACAGCAGGGUCGGACAUCAUGUUGCAGUUCCACAGUUCGUCUGCAGGGAGCAGAAGAGGCAGCGGUGUGCGCUCUGGGCUUCAGGAGGCGUUACAGUCCAGCAGAGGGUCAGAGGGAAACUACUCAGUGAAAACUUCUGGUUUGACCAGCUCCAUUUUAAAAGGUGGAGCUUCUAACCGUUCUGCCAAUCAAAGACCACAGCCGGAUGUCAUGGAGAGUUUCUACUCCAGGAGGAGGUGGUCUCCCCUCUCCUCCCCGGCCCUCCAGAAGCCUCUCCUCCAGGUUAGCUACGGCUCCUCCAGCAGCCUACCUGCCAGCUAUAAGCUGAGGGAGCUGCCACAGUCCACGUCCCACCACAGGAAACGUUCCACCCAGUCAGACUCAGCUCUCCUGCCCAGCAACGUGUUCUUCCAGCGGACACUGUCCCCGGGGUCAGCGCCCUCAAAGACUAUCAGCAGGACAGGCACACGCAGGGGGAGCAAGGAGGAGGAGAUGAGCAGGACUCUGGACCAGGCUAUUGAAGUGGCCCGCAGCAUGAAAAGGACCACGGACCGGAUGGCCAAGAGACUGUCAGCUGACCUGGGCAAAGCUCAACUCAACAAGAAACUGCACAACACGCAGCCACUAGGGGGCAGGAAACACCCUGCAUUCUAACACCUCAGUUUGUACACUAAUCUACCAACAUCUCUGAUAAAGAUGUAGAAUAUG